UACGAUAUUUUUUUUUGACCUGAGACCUUUUUAUAAAGCUUAUAUCAAUUCACUCUGUCUGGUACAAAUUUUGAAUAUGUUAUUUCUCACAGACCUAUUCUCGAUUCAAGUGUAAACUUUACACAAUGUUUUAUUGCAUCUAACAGAACACGAAUCAAUAAAAUUUUGUUUUAUUCCAAAAAUGGAAAUUAAUCCUUCAGUAUUAAGAUAUAUGGCUAAAUAUGUGAUGUUUUGUCCUGCUAGAUAAUUGUAAACGUUAAUUCUUCAACACCCAUUCUCGGAUCAAGCUGAAACUUUACACAAUUAUCAUUUGUACCUAAGAAAAGAUUAUCAAUUAAAAAUUAACCAAUUAGUCAAUAAAGUUCUGGUAAUUAUUUUUUUAGAUAAAAAAGAAAAUAAAUUCUACAUUAUUGAGAUAUGUAGUUGUAAUUGUAGAGUUCUUCCCUUUAGAUAAGCUAUUUUAAAAAGUAUUUUUAUACUUUGCUUGUUUCUUAUUACAUCCUGCAACGCUCGCAUAUUUUGCUAUAUAUUUUUCCACUCUCGCAUUUCGUCAAUCCCCCUUUUGGUCCUUGAAUUCGAGUAUAUGUUACGUUGAAAUGGCCAUCGAUAACAGGUAUACUUAUUUCCUCCAGCAAUACUCUUUAGAAAAUAGUCCUACAUACAAUCUCUGAGUUCAACACAUUUUUGGAAAAUCUCCAAUGACCUUAUCUCCUAAACGGAAGUGAUUUCAUCAUUGCAGACGACAAAGAUGUCUUUGCACAAGGGUGACAAGGUGAUUAAAAAAACAAUAAAAAAGGGUAACUCUUCAAAAUGGAACAAAGUACACAAUGUAACAGACAUAUCAAGGACGCCAUCAUCUGUUUUGAUGGAAGAACCUGGAGCUAACGAAGCAGAGAAUUCAAACUUUCUAGCUAACGGACCACCAGAUGUGCAAACCAUGAAGACGCUGUACGUCUUAAGGAGAAGGAAACUCAAGAAAUCCUCUUUGGAUGAGUUCAGCAUGAGUGGUUGGACUUCGCCUAAGGAAAAACUUAGACCUACAGGCAGCAAGGCAUUCCUGAACCUGAUUACAGACACUUUAGCGGACGACAUUAUCUUCCCCAAGAAGAUGUCAGUUCGAGAACCGGACCCCAGUACACCAGAGCCGUGGCAUAUCCUUCACAGGCAGCCCCCAUAUGACCGACUUUACCAUGUCAACUUGGAGAAGAGUCUUAAUCUGGAGAAAAGUAGCCUACAACUAUUUGAAAAGAUGAAAAGACAUCAACUUAAAACUGAAAAUUUCUUAAUGGAAAAAACUGGGAAAAAACGAAGUGGGUUAUUACUCCGGAGAAAACAGCUAUUACCGAAGCUUCACUCGCACAGCGAUGAGAGGGAUCUAUUAGAACUAAAUAUAGUUGAGAAGCCCAAGGAAGUACCACAGAGAAACAUUUUUGUUUACGAUAAAUACAACACUUUUUUGAAACGCGACCUCCUGCCUGCCAUCAGUAAAAAGGACAUGGGUUUUCCACUAGUGCAAGAGUAUGUUGGUUGCCCUGACGUUACAGAUUACAUUCUGGGAGAGUUGGGAAUGUCAUCCAGACAUAAAACCUUUGGCGGCAGUCCAAUGCAUUUGAAUGAUAGCUACAGCUCGGCUCCGUUCAUUCCUCUGUUGGGUGUUUUAGGGUCAAAGUCAAAUCGUCAGAAAAGCGGCUUGAGAAUUGAGACUGAGUCCGUCAACACUAGUUUUGAGAAAAACCGGGAAGCGUUCUCCCGAGCCAGCGAGAGCGUCUAUCGAGAGAAACUCUUUUAUGAUAAUCUGCUGCCCAACGAUCUGUGUACCAGGGUCGCGCUAACCUUUGGUAACCAUCAUUUGGAGUGGACGACGAACCAAGAACGGGGGUCGAAGACAUGGAUAGUCUCUGUCGGAUGUUCUGCUGAGCAUGGCCAGAGAGGCUUCGGAUCAGUCACCUUGAAGAACACAGGCACAUGCGCAAUUUAUUUUCAUUUUGAAAAAGAAGACACAGUCAAUGCGCUGAAGACGUCGCUAAGUUUACCUAACAAGUUUGUGUUUGACUCAUGGGGAGGAGUCAUAUUGCCUAACGAAGUCUUUAGAGUACCCUUUUUAUACCACGCGUACUCGUUGGGUAUCUAUUCAGAGAAUUGGAGGCUCAUUACCAAGCCGGUUCUGGAGAAUGGCGCCAAGAUUUUAAUGCGGAUAUCUGGGACAACAAUGUACCAAGACAUGCGCAUAGGAGACCCCUGUGCGAUCGAGAAAAGGGUCCAGGAAUUUCAAGCUACAAUGAUUGCUAAACAAAUAGUUGAUGACCUCAUUCGCCACCUACCACUUUCUGAUUUCAUGCUAAAGAAUACAGUGUUCCCGAAUGUGUGUUCAGGCCCUGAUGUUUUCCUUGCAUUAAAUCAAGGCUUCUACUACAAAACUGCAUCCGUAUACAGACUCGGGAAACUGUUGCAUGUCUUGGAGCACAGGAAGUUGAUCAAGGAGGAAGGCUACGGAGAAGACAUAGGCUACAGCGAAAGCUUCGCUGGACCGCGCCGUUCAUCAAGUUUCGAAUACCCGGAACUGGAAGACGAGGAGAACGAGUUUGAGGACUACGGCGAGGAAGAGAGCGAUCACGAUGUCUAUGUUUCUAGCCCUCCAAAGUUUAACAAGAAGUCAUUGUACAUGUCCCUGAAACGCAAGACAAGGUAUCAGUCAGAGAUAGACCCUGUCAGGACGCUUUAUUUUCUGUUAGACCCAGAUAGCCCAAGGCUGAAAGUGUUUUCCAAUGACAUUGAUGAGUCCUUGUCUCCAGAGGCUCUACAGGCUAGCGACUUAAUGGUAGCUGCUACGGACUCAAACGUUCGUACCUUCAAGAGACGAAUUUACCCAAGAGCUCCUGUCAACCUGACUUUCACCGAUUUUAAAAUCGAUAAAAUUAGAGAUUUGAUUUUAGAAGAUUCCUCAAGUGUUAAUAUUCAGAAUACACAUUUCGCAGUACUUUCCAAUGAAGUGGAUAAAUUAUCUUUCAGACAAUUCGAGCCAUUGGCCAUCAACCUAAAAUUGUUGAUAGCGAAAACCCUUUUAUGUCAUUUUUUGGAUACAUUUUGUGACAGUGUACACAAAUUGAAGCUCAGCUGCAACCUGGAAGAAAGUUAUAUGCUACUUCCUAACGCUGAUUGGUCACAUAGGAAAGUGAAGUCGGAUGGAGAUAUGUUAGUCUCUAAAUAUUUGAACAAAGUCGAAUCCUGGAUGAAGAGAAGCAACAACUUGUUACGUUCUAUCUCUUCCCCGGGCGCUAGAGGUCCACAGAGCCCUAAGGAAACAAGAACUACAUCGGCUUUGGAAAACAGAUAUCAAUGCUGUUACAUGCCUUCACUAUAUGCUACCAUGUAUCAGCUCUUGUCGGACUACUUUGACCAGCUUGAUGAGCUCUUCAAUACACUUACUGAUGACCAAGACAAACCAACGAGGCCGGACACAUUCAUCAAAGUAACAAGGAUCUCAAUGCCGGCCACGUCAAAGGACAUUGUGUACGGUCCCAGAGAGAGAAAAGCUUGGAUUCAGCUGACCGAACAAAUGGCGGAAAUAGCCAACAAGAUCAAACGUAAUAAGAGUGUCAACUGGUCACGUGAGGUAUUCUUACAGAAUCUGGCCAUCCUAUGUUUCUACAAGAUCCUAUCUGGAUACCCGAGCUAUUUGGAUGGGACUAUAAAAACUAGAGAUAAUAUUUUUGGGCGGGCAAACAUUUUUCUUUCAAGUGAAAGUUGUCUUAGUAAGAGUGUGGAUCUGUGUUAAGCUUAGAGCCUCAAUAUGAUUGGAUAUUUAAUAAUGGCCGCCCUAGUGGGGUGUGCAAUUUCACAAGCAUAUAGCGGCCCAUACUCUCCGUAUAUGUACCCAUUAAAUGGGCCCUAUAAUAGUGGCCCGAACAAUGCAU